CAGGGAAGGCGUAACUCCUUUGCGCGGCCCGCCAGUGGAGAGGAUACAUUGUGCGCAAAAUGGUGGGGCCCAUCAGGUGCCGUCGAUGGCCGAGCUGCAGAGACCUGCCUGUUUAGAGGCCAUGUCAUAGGGAGCGAAACCCUCAUCCACAAAUCAACCGUAAUGGAACCUAUUAGCCUCGAUGGAGUGACGGGAGUAAGAGGAAUCCAGAAUCAGCAUGCGUCCACAUGA